GGUUUUUUUUUUUUUUUUUUUUUUUUUUAAUGAGCCAGGUAAACCAUAUAAGUUGUCAACAUGGGACGGAGAUCUACAUCAUCCACCAAGAGUGGAAAAUUUAUGAACCCCACAGACCAAGCCCGAAAAGAAGCCCGGAAGAGAGAAUUAAAGAAGAACAAAAAACAGCGCAUGAUGGUACGAGCUGCAGUUUUGAAGAUGAAGGAUCCCAAACAGAUUAUCCGGGACAUGGAGAAAUUGGAUGAAAUGGAGUUCAACCCAGUGCAGCAACCACAGUUAAAUGAGAAGGUGCUGAAAGACAAGCGUAAAAAGCUGCGUGAAACCUUUGAACGUAUUCUACGACUCUAUGAAAAAGAGAAUCCGGACAUUUACAAAGAAUUGAGAAAGCUAGAAGUGGAAUAUGAACAGAAGAGGGCUCAACUUAGCCAAUAUUUUGAUGCUGUCAAGAAUGCUCAGCAUGUGGAAGUGGAGAGUAUUCCCUUGCCAGAUAUGCCACAUGCUCCUUCCAACAUCUUGAUCCAGGACAUUCCACUUCCUGGUGCCCAGCCACCCUCCAUCCUUAAAAAGACCUCAGCCUAUGGACCUCCCACACGGGCAGUUUCUAUACUUCCUCUUCUUGGACAUGGUGUGCCACGUUUGCCCCCUGGUAGAAAACCUCCUGGUCCUCCCCCUGGUCCACCACCUCCUCAAGUCUUGCAAAUGUAUGGCCGUAAAGUGGGCUUUGCCCUAGAUCUUCCCCCUCGCAGGCGGGAUGAAGACAUGUUAUAUAGCCCAGAACUUGCUCAACGGGGUCAUGAUGAUGAUGUUUCCAGCACCAGUGAAGAUGACGGAUAUCCUGAGGACAUGGAUCAAGAUAAGCAUGAUGACAGUACUGAUGACAGUGACACUGACAGGUCAGAUGGAGAAAGUGAAGGGGAUGAAUUUGUGCACCGUGAUGAUAACGAGAGAGACAACAAUGAAGAAAAGAAGUCAGGUCUGAGUGUAAGAUUUGCAGAUAUGCCUGGAAAAUCAAGGAAGAAAAAGAAGAACAUGAAGGAGCUGACUCCUCUUCAAGCCAUGAUGCUUCGAAUGGCAGGUCAGGAAAUCCCUGAGGAAGGACGAGAAGUAGAAGAAUUUUCAGAGGAUGAUGACGAAGAUGAUUCUGAUGAUUCUGAAGCAGAAAAGCAAUCACAGAAACAGCAUAAAGAGGAAUCUCUUUCUGACGGCACAUCUACUACUUCUUCACAGCAGCAAGCUCCCCCACAGUCUGUUCCUCCUUCUCAGAUACAAGCACCUCCCAUGCCAGGACCACCUCCUCUUGGACCACCACCUGCUCCACCUUUACGGCCACCUGGACCACCUACUGGCCUUCCUCCUGGACCACCUCCAGGAGCUCCUCCAUUCCUGAGGCCCCCUGGAAUGCCAGGACUCCGAGGGCCUUUACCCCGACUUUUGCCUCCAGGCCCACCACCAGGCCGACCCCCUGGCCCUCCCCCGGGUCCACCUCCAGGUCUGCCUCCUGGCCCUCCUCCUCGGGGACCCCCACCAAGGCUACCUCCCCCUGCACCUCCAGGCAUCCCUCCACCUCGUCCUGGCAUGAUGCGCCCACCUUUGGUGCCUCCACUUGGACCUGCCCCACCUGGGCUUUUCCCACCAGCUCCCUUGCCCAACCCGGGGGUUUUAAGUGCUCCACCCAACUUGAUUCAGCGACCCAAGGCGGAUGAUACAAGCGCAGCCACCAUUGAGAAGAAAGCCACAGCAACCAUCAGUGCCAAGCCACAGAUCACUAAUCCCAAGGCAGAGAUUACUCGAUUCGUGCCCACGGCAUUAAGGGUACGUCGGGAGAAUAAAGGGGCUGCUGCUGCUCCCCAAAGAAAGUCAGAGGAUGAUUCUGCUGUGCCUCUUGCCAAAGCAGCUCCCAAAUCUGGUCCAUCUGUUCCUGUCUCCGUUCAGACCAAGGAUGAUGUUUAUGAAGCUUUCAUGAAAGAGAUGGAAGGGCUACUGUGACACCUCUUAAUGCCAGAGUGUUUCUGUUCAUACCAGAGGUUGGUGGGGAAAGAGGCUUUUACUAAACUUAGUGAAAGAGCGACUUUCACUGUCAGGGUAUUUUUAAAUUUCAGUUCAAGGAAUAUCCUAAAGUUUAGCCUUGUUCAGAAUUUAUUGCAUAUAAGAGAGGAUUAUUUCAUUCAGAAUAAAUUGGUUAUUGAAGCAGUGCUGCUAACAUCCAUUCCCUUUCAUACCACCGUUUUCAUCCAGUUUGUUCCCCUUCUCCAAUUUUUUGGAAACUUGUGAUCGAGGGGAUCUUGUUACUUAUUUGUUUUGAUUCUCUUCUUGUGUGCAGUGGGCACUGGAGUAGAGAUUUCUGAAAAAAACAGUUUAUUUUACCCCAUCUUGCCUUUUGUGUUUGAGUUAUUUUAAUAUUUUCUUGUAAAUAUUUUGUAAUAUUUUAGUGAAAUGGAUCGCAAUGUCAUUUCCUAAUACAAAGCAAGAUAUGUGGGAAGAAAAUGUACAAUUCUUUGAUUAAAAUUAUUUCCCACUGACCUGAACUUUGAGUGUUUCGUGGAAUAAAUAAAUAAAUGUUCUACACCAAGAUAUCCUCUGUGUUACUGAUGAUAUAUAAAUAUGGUAUCUGUGUUAGGGGCAGUAAAGAAGCAAGGAUUUAAAAUCUCUGUUUUAAGGAACUGCCAUUGCUGGUACAGAAUAAGAAUCUUAUUGAAAAUAUUGUUAAAACUAAGUUUUAAAUUUUAAGGGAUAAAGAAAAGAAUUAUUUUCCUUCGGGAUUAUACUGGCUUUGGAGAAAUUGAAAGGUUAUUUAUUGUAUAGAACAUGAAUCUUCUCAAGGAUUAUUUACUUUUCCAGAGCUUUGUGAGCUUAGUGAUGGGAAAAGCUUCUUUUAAACUGUGUCUAAAUUAUUAGAUAGCUAGAGAAGGUGACUACUAUUAUUUUAUUGAAUUUGUCAGUUAUAUGAGCUUUUAUUAUUAAAAGACAAAAUGAAGAAUGCUCAAUAUUGUUAAUUUACAUUGAUAUAAUUUUCUUUAAAAAGUGCUUUAAUAGCUAGUUCAGCUAGCCAGUAAUCCUAAUAAUUUUCACAGAUAUUUUCUCCAUCUUACAGAUGAGAGUAUUGAAGCUAAAGGAGUUGUGUGAAUUAGCCAGUGGCCCAAAGUAUGAAUAUUUUAUGAACAAAGAUACACACGCACAGUGAGACAAUGUGUGCAUUGAGUUUAGACUAGACAUACCUAUUCUUACUUUGUAUCUUAAAUACCUGUCACAUGAAUCCCAUGUCAUCAAAAAUUGGUAGUAUCCUAAAAAAAAUAGUACAAUAAUAUGAUAAGGCUUUUAUUUUCUUGCAAGUGAUUCCUUGAUGGAUUUUUAGAUUUCUCUUCUGAGAUCCUGUGUGUAUGAAACUUUUCUUGGAAAUUACUCUUUCAGAUUAAAGCAAGUCUUGUCAAACCAGUC